UCCUCUGUGUCACUCUCAUAAGUCUCAAUAUCACACAAUCUUUCAAGUCCAAAAAGAAAAAGAAAAAAAAAAACAACCAAGCAAAAUCAGUUGAUUAAAAAUUAGUAGUACUUUUUAUUACCACCAAUGGCUUCAGAACAAGCAAGAAGAGAACACAUUGUUGAUGAACAUCAAAUCCAAAUCAAGAAAACAAGAGACCCUAAAAGGGGUACUAAUGUAAAAGUCCAAGUUGGAACUGAUUUUCACCUUGCUGGUCCUGGUGCAAUUCAUAUCACAAAUGCUGCUACUAGUAAAAGUGAUGGCUCCGCCACUGAGCCUACUACUGGUGCUCAUGAUAAACAUGACAAGCAUUCUUUUGGUCAUCAACAACAUCAGAAGCACAAGCAACAACAUGGAUUUGAAGAGAGGCCAGGGGGUGUAAAGUUUGAAGUGCAUGGCCAGAGACAGAAGGGUACUGAUGAUACAAAGCACAAAAGCCAAAUGGAGCAGUCCACAGAAGCGGCAUUGCAUAAUGCAAGUCAGGGACUUGGUUUCGCAGGUUCUUAUGCAACAGAAAAAGGUGCACAAGCCAAAGACAGUAUGACACGUGGCGUUCAAAGUGGAUAUGACUAUGUUGCUGACAAGGCUGGAGCUGCUAAAAACACAGCCCUUGAUAAAGGUACUUAUGCAACAGAAAAAGGUUAUGACUAUGUUGCUGAUAAGGCUGGAUCUACUAAAAACACAGCCCUCCAGAAGGGCGAGCAAGCUUAUGCUGCUACUACAGACACCCUCUCAAAUGCAGGACAAAAUGUUGUUCAAUCAGGACAACAAGCUAAAGAUUAUACUCUUUCAAGAGCAGGUCAAACUGCAGAUUAUGCUAAAAACACAGCACUUGAGAAAGGUCAGCAAACUUAUGCUGCAUCUAAAGAUACCCUUUCUAGUGCUGGACAAACUGCAGUUCAAUCAGCCAAAAAGGCUAAAGAUUAUGCUAAAGAUACAGCUUUUCAGAAGGGUCAUCAAGCUUAUGCUGCUACGACAGACACCCUUUCAAGUGCAGGACAAACUGCAGAUUAUGCUAAAGAUACAGCUUUUCAGAAGGGUCAUCAAGCUUAUGCUGCUACGACAGACACCCUUUCAAGUGCUGGACAAAAUACAGCUCAAUCAGCAAAGAAGGCUAAAGAUUAUACCCUUCAAAAGACAGGAGAGGCUAAAGAUUAUGCUAAAGACACAGCUUUUGAGACGGGUCGAACUGCAGAUCAUGCUAAAAACGUAGCUCUUCAGAAGGGUCAACAAGCAUAUGCUGCUACUACAGACGCCCUUUCAAGUGCUGGACAAACUGCAGUUCAAUCAGUAAAGAAGGCUAAGGAUUAUACUAAGGACACAGUUCUUGACAAGGGUCAUCAAGCUUAUGCUGCUACUACAGAUACUCUUUCAAGUGCUGGACAAACAGCAAGUCAAUCAGCCAAAAAAACUAAAGAUUAUUCGCUGCAAGGUGCAGAGGUUGCGGCGGAAAAGAGCAAGAAUGCAGCAAGCUAUGUCGGGCAGAAAGCAGUAGAAGCGAAAGAUGUCACAUUAGAAACAGGCAAAGGAGCAUUAGGAUAUGCAGGGGAAGUAGCCGGGACUGUGAAGGAAAAAGCAGCCGUGGCUGGCUGGGGAGCCGCACAUUAUACAGCAGAAAAAGCUAAAGAUGCCACCAAAGCUGUGGUUGGUGCUGCUUCUAGUGUUGCAGGGUAUACCGGGGAAAAGGCGGUGGCAGCAAAGGAUGCAGUUGCUGGGGCUGGAAUGAACGCCGUCGGGUAUGUAGAGAAUAAGGUGGCUGGUGCAAAGGAUUAUGUAGUUUCAACUGAAGAAAGUGCAGCAGAUUAUGCAGCUAGGAAGAAAGCUGAAGCUGAAAGGGAACUAGAAGCUAAGAGGUCACACGACUUUAAGGGAGAAAGUGAAGGUGGAUUCAUUAGUGAGAAAAAGCAAGAAACAAAGUGGGAAGAAGACGAAAACGAAGAAUUUCAAGAAUUCUCUCAGGAAGAAUCAGGAGGAGAGGAAAGCAAGCAACAGCAGAAGCAGGGAGGAGUAGGGCUGUUGAAAACCAUUGGAGAAACUAUUGUGGAGAUAGGCAAGACAGCCACUGAUCUUAUUGCUGGACGUAGUCAUUCUCAAAGUGGUAAUCAUGGAAGUGAAUCAGUGCAGCACAUUGAGAAGAAAGAAGAUCAGUCCCAAUAGAAAUCUGGGCAUGUCUGAGCAUCUUUAUAGUUUUUUGUCAAGUGUUUUUGGCUAUGUCCAAGGGUCAGUUUCAUUAAGGGGCCAAUAUUAAGGGCCCUGAAACUUGUUUUUAUCAUAGCUGAACCCCUUUUCUGUAGUCCUAAAAUAUUCUUAGCAGAGAAACCUUUUUCCGCUAAGCAAAGACAGAAUAGUAUCACUCUUUUCGUGGUUUGGUCACCAAAACUUGUUCUCAAUGAUGGUAUUUACCCUUUUGUGGUCAUUGGUGAGACCU